AUGUUAAUUGGAAUAAUGAAAUAUUUAUAAGUAUUUAAAUUUUUAUCAGAAGAAUAAAUUACAGGAUUAAGAAAAAAUCUUUUAUCAUUAUGGAGUUUUAAUAAAUUCAAAAAUGCUAUUAGAAUAGUAAAUAUUUAACAUCUUUUGACUACUCCAUUCAUGCUUGAAAUUGUUGUUUAAGUCUUGCCAACUAUGACAAAGAAAUAUCGUGGAUCUAUGAAAAUUAAAGAUAUUGUGAGGACGAAUUAUUAAUACUUGAAAAAGAGAGCCAAAAUUUAAAAAUUAAAUUAAAUUAAUCUUGUGAAAUAAAUAAAUUAAACUAAAUUAAAUAUUAUCUGA